GCCUGAGCAAUUGAUGGCGGAGAGGGAGCGGCCAGCGGGACAGACCCGAGCAACCCGCGGCGGCGGCGACGGCAGGACAGGCGGGACUAAUCCAAGGCAGAGCGAUCGAUCGCGCGGGGGGGGCGGGGCGCGCAGUUAACCUCCGCGGUGCCACAAUCGCACCCGGCCGCAUCCCGCCGCCAUGCCCCGCUGCCCGCUGCCGCGGCGCCUGGUGCACCUGGACCUCAAGGGCGCGCCGCCUCGGCCGCACUACUUGGCCGAGGUGCUGCCCCUGUUCCGCGCGCUCGGCGCCAGCGGCCUCCUGGUGGAGUACGAGGACACGUUCCCGUACGACGGGGAGCUGCGGCCGCUGCAGGCGGAGCAGGCCUACAGCCUUUCAGAAAUUAAAGAGAUAUUAAACCUGGCAAAAUUGCACAAAUUAGAAGUUAUUCCUUUGGUGCAGACGUUUGGACAUAUGGAAUUUGUGCUAAAGCACAAAGAAUUUUCCCACCUGCGGGAGGUGAAGGCAUUUCCAAAUGCUCUUAAUCCGCACAAAGAGGAAUCCCGGCUGCUGGUUAGAAAAAUGAUUGACCAGGUGGUGGCACUGCACGAUGGCUUACAAUGGUUUCACAUAGGCUGUGAUGAGGUCUACUACCUUGGUGAUGGGGAGGAAUCAAAGCAGUGGUUGCAGCAACAGGAGAAUAACCCAGAGAAGUUGUUCCUGUCCCACGUAAAAGCUGUGGCCAGUUUCAUUGCCUCAUCUUAUCCCACAGUGAAGCCCAUAGUAUGGGAUGACAUGCUCAGAGGGAUAAAUGAUGAAACAUUGACAGAAUCUGGGGUACCAGAGCUCGUGGAGCCAAUGAUUUGGGACUAUGCAGAAGAUAUCGAUGUAGACAGCAAAGUGCUUCUCAUAGAAAAGUAUCACAAGUGCAACUUUCCCAAGCUGUGGUUUGCUAGUGCUUUUAAAGGAGCAACCGGGGCAAAUCAGUCUCUGACCCAUAUUGGACAUCACUUAAAAAACCAUCUCCAGUGGCUGAAAGUGGCACACAGUGGCCAUGCAGACAUGCUGCAGGGCAUUGCUCUGACUGGCUGGCAAAGGUAUGACCACUUCUCUGUUUUGUGUGAGCUGCUCCCAGUGGGAAUCCCAUCGCUGGCUGUAUGUCUGCAGGCACUAGAGAAUGAUGGCUAUUCUGAAAUGGUUAAAGAAAAUGUGGAAAAAUACCUGGGGAUUUCCAAUCUGGAAACUGACACUUUCAUGAGUGCAAGUCAGGGGACCUUUCCAGGAAGUGACAUCUUCACCCUUGUGACUCAAGUUGGCUUCUACCUGAAGCCCUCAGUGGAUGAACUUCUUGAACAAAACAGGUAUGUCACAGGCUGGUUCAGCCCCUAUCACAGAGAGAGGAAGAUUGUUCAUCCUAUAAUCAUACAUCACUUUCAGCCAGAUGUACUAAGUCUUCUCUCCAAGUGGAAUGCCUUGGCACAAGACCUUCAAGUAGCCAUGGAGAGAGUUUUCUACUUAUGUACUAUAGAGGAGUGGAUGGAGGAGAAUGUCCAUCCCAGCCUACAAAAACUUCAGCAAGUGAUGAAUGACUUGGAUGCAGCAAUACAAGCACAAUCAUAGCUGCUCUCUAACUGCAGACUGAUUCAUCUGAGACCCUGCUGGCUGCAAAAUUAUGAGUAAUCACAUAACCAGGGCUAAAUCACCCCUAGAAUAGUGCAGGCAACUCUGCUGAAAACAGCUGUAGACACUAGCAAGGGAUUUAUGCUAGCAUGAGAGAGUAUGAGGAUUUGGGGUUUUGUUUUCACUUCUAACAAAUGAUUAGCUUCUUUCAGAGGCUGAAAAUACACCAAACGUCAGUAGUGGACUAGACUUACUCCACUGUAUAACAGGGAAGACAGGAAUGGGGCCAAGCUCAGUUGUGUUCAUUAUAUUAGAAGGGUUGAAAGGAUAUAGAUUUAUCCAGAUUCAAAUCAAUAGUGAUAUGCUUUCAUGAGGUAAAGGCAAGUAGAAAUGGUAACAUGACAAACUUCACUUGCUGAUUAGCUUGGUAACUUCUCCCUCCCAGUACUUGGAACAUUUGAGUUUGACCUGAUUUCAAAGUGUGCUCAUUUUACAAUAAAUAUUUGAAACACCUGUAAAUUAUUUGCAUUAUAUGCUGCUUGCUUGAAACUUGUAAGUAUGCAGGAACCCUCAGGAAGGAUUAUGGGUAAGUUGUAAUAUCUACUGUGAAAGACAUAUAUAUUUGACCUAUUAAUAAAUUUAUCAGACCAGAAAAAGGAGGAGUAUGAUAUGAGUUAAACCCUGUAAAGUAAAGAAUAACAACAUUUA